AUGACUACCUCCAAGCCUCGUAUUGGAUUCGCCGGCCUCGGUGCGAUGGGUGGUGGCAUGGCCAAGAACCUCGUCAAGGAAGGCUUCCAAGUCACUGGCUUCGAUGUGUAUCAGCCUCUUGUAGAGAGUCUGGUAGAAGCCGGCGGCAAGUCCGCAAAGACUCCGAGAGAAGCAGCUGCAGACGCAGACUUUUUCGUCAGCAUGGUUGCCAACGCAGCACAGAAUGCGAGUCUCUUGUUCGAUGGAGAGGAUGCCGUCAUCAAAGGACUUGCAGAGGGCAAGACCUUCAUCCUCUGUUCUACCACUCCCCCAGCAUUCGUCCUCGAGUUGCGGAAAAGAUUAGAUGAAGCGGGAAGAUCUGAUGUCAAGCUGCUCGAUUGUCCAGUAUCUGGUGGUACGAUCCGAGCAGCGAAUGGGACCCUWUCAAUCUUCGAGUCURGCCCAGAGGAACAUCUCAAUGAAGCCAAGGAUGUGCUACAGUGUAUGUCGGGUAAUCUCUACCGAAUGGGAGAUAUUAGUGGAGGUACCAAAACGAAGACGGUUCACCAGCUGCUUGCCGCAACGAACAUCAUCUCUGCCUCCGAGGCUAUGGGUCUAGCAGCAACUGUUGGGCUUAACACCGAGGCUGUCGUGGAAGCAGUCAACAAAUCGGAUGGUGCCAGCUUUAUGUUCGAGAACCGUGCGCCCCAUAUGCUCAAGAAUGACUGGCAUCCAUACUCCGCUCUUGGGAUCAUCCUCAAAGAUGCCAUGAUUGUGACUGACACGGCCCGCAAGUCGCAAUUCCCCACUCCGAUUGUCGACACUGCAGAGCAGCUUUACCUACAGGGUGUUCAAGCUGGAUUAUUGAAAGAGGAUGACGCAGCACUUGUCCAGCUCUAUCUCCCUCAAUCGCAAGGUGACCUCGUUAGUCAGAUGACCAAAGCCGACGUCAACAUGCGUGCUUCCCACAAGGUGAGCAAAGACACGAUCGUGGAUCUACUGGCGGGCAUCCACCUUGCUGCUUCGGUGGAGGGUAUGGCAUUUUGCAAGCACCUGGAAAUGAGCAGAAAGACACUGUACGAGAUCAUAUCGAAAGCUGCAGGCUGGAACGCCAUGUUUGACAAGAGCAUACCGGGAAUGCUGGAGAAAGAUAGCUGGAGCUUGGCCGACUGUCCAGAGGCCGAAGAAGUGGGCCAAAAACUGGCGGAAGCUGUUGAGAAAUGCAGACUCAUCAGCUAUCCGUGCCCAAUGGCCACCAUCGCGUUGCAACAAUUUCAAUUUGCGAAACUCCGCAAUAAGCAGAUCCACGGUCAGGACAGACACAGCCGGUAG